UCUAUAAAUAGACACACGACUCCGUGAUGGCAAGGCCGAUUGGGUCAGUUUGGGUAUAGGUUAAGAUAAAGGACCUAAGACAGUUCCAGAGGGACAGAUUCCAUCGCGACCAGCCGUUCCAGCACCGAUCCCUGGUCAAUUCGUACAUCCCACUGCUCGCUGGGCACCGCCGAGGAAUGUUACCUUCGACUGGCAUCACUGCCACCGCCUCCGGUCACUCAGAGAGUGAGUGCCAUGGUUCGUACGACGAGACAUUUCGGUUAAGGAAAGGCCCCCGUGUAGUCAGAGUGCAGACAGAACCAUAACCAGCCGCGGUCGUACUGUCGUCGCGGGCCCUCAAAAAAUUCGUGCGGACGGGCUUUUCGAACAAAAAAACGGUGAAAAAUCCACCUUAAAAGUGUCCGGCAGUAUCGUAACGUGGUGCGUAAGGGUGGUCCGCAGGACUUUCGGCGUGAAUCGCGAGCGUUCCGUCGAUCGGAGUGGCCGGAAAGUGCGUCCCAUAGUUGGACUCUUUGUUUGGUCGCGGGUCGGGUUCGGGUCGUCGUCGCCGUCGGUCCAUUGAAAACCAGGUGCGGGGACGGAACGAGGCGGGGAGGGAGCGGAGUGAAGCAUUACCACCACCACCACCGUGAAGAAGAAGAAGGCGAAGAAGAGGAGGCGAAAGUCGCUCACCACAUCACCUUAAUUUUUUAUGUGCCGUGUUUGGGCCGCUUAUGCUGCCGGGAGAGGGAGAGAGAAGAGGUCCUCGUGAGAUCCUAAUGCUCACACGAGUGAGUGUGUGUGAGUGUAUUAGUGAGAGCAAGGUCUCCACAGUGAGUGAGUGCAAAGAAGCGCGUUAGUGUGCGUUAAAGGAGAGAGGCGCAUAGUUUUGUGUUGCGUUUUCUUACCUUAUUCCUGUUGCCGUCAAGCGCACUAGCGGAAGUGUUGCCAGCGCACGCGAAAGGCAAAGGCAAAUUGUGAAGAAGUGAAUGUAAAUAGUUGUGUUGAAUGGCUGCUGUUUGUUGGCACGGCUUGAAUAAUGAAAUAAUAGCUCUUAGCCUCUCGGUGGUACGCGUGAGUGCGAUUUAUAAUGGAUGCGAGCGCGUUUUAAGACAACGCUCUGAAGAACACCUUGAACAACAACAGCAAUAACAACAACAACAACAACGGGCAGAGAACAUCUCGCACACAGCACAGACAGUGGAUUUUAUUUGGCUGAAACAAGGAGUCGAGCAGUUGGAAAAGAGAGAUCUCCGGCAGCUGCAGCAGCAAAAGAAACCACCGAAGAUCGGCAAACCCGCGAAGCGGGCAAGCAAAAAAAAAAGUGAGUGAGAUUCCCGUUAGGUUGGCCACCAAAGUGUCAGCCGCGCGCGGCAGCGAGUUCCCGGAGUGUGUCGGUUUUGCCCUUUGGCAGCCCCAACUGCUGGAACCAACACAGAUGUAACGGAGCGCGCGGUCACCAAUACUGCUGGGGAAGGUUCUCUCUGAGUGCGCGAAGCAGGGGAUUAACACACGAAAAGGUGCUAAAGAAAUUUCUUGGAAAAGCGCCGCGCCGUGAACCGGGUGUCGGAACCGUCGCCGCCGGCGGAAAAUGGGAUGACCUGGGAACGCGGGCGGGCUCCCCAAAAGUGAAAAUAUUAGCGUCGUUUAGCGGCUUUGGGAAGUGUGAGGUGAAGAACGAGCGGAGAACCAGGUCGUAGAGCAAGAGACCUGGAACAAAGGUGUACGGGAGAAAGCGUGCGUGACACUCACGACUUUCGGUGAGAGGAAGAACGAAGAGAGAGAGUCUUGUGUGAAUGAAACAACCAAAAUAAAACCUAGAAUGUGUACUAGUUGAGAGGGAAGAAGAAGGUAUCUCGCAUAGCUAUAGUCAUACAAUCAGUGAAUUAACCUCACGUCAGGCGAAAAAAUAAAAAGGAAAAAAGGAAGUUGUUGUUGUGACGUUCGUCACGAGAUUGUCGUGAAAGGUUGUGUCGUAGACGCGGUGAACGCCACCAACCGAGUCCUGUGAGUGCGUACUCCCGCCACCCCCUUCCGGAAUUAUGUAAUCCUUUCCACGGUCGAAGGAAGAUUCUAGCCCGGUGCUGGUGAAGUGAUUGAUGAGCGGUGUAAUCCCCUCCGGGUCGCUCGACGAGCGAAACCUUCCUCCAUCGACACAGCGGCAGCAGCACAAGUCGGAGUACAAGCAGCACCGAGAUGGAGAUUCAGCAACGAUCGGAGCAGAUAAUUCGCAAUCACCGGUACAGCAGCAGCAGUAGUGCGCACCACCAGCUGCACUAUUCGACGACUAAACUCGCCAAUUGGAUUAGCUGCACCAGAACCAACAGUGAAUGAUAUGCUGGACAGAAGCAGCAGCAGCAUUUGCUCGAUUGAACGGGAAUUACCAAAUUCGAGUGAACCGAGCGACGACGACGCCACAAUGGAAACUAGCAGCAAUAGUAGCAACAAUCGUAGUUUUAGUAGAUGGAUUAGCAGAAGGAGGAAGCGGUUUCGGGUCUCGGGGUGGAGUUGGGUGGCGUUGCUGGUGCUGCUGGUGAGCACGCUGCCGGCGCUCAACGUUGCCCUGGCGCCCAAGUACGAGACGGCGUACGCUUGCGAGGGGAAGACGCUGAUGAUUGAGUGCGAGGGCGGGGAUUUGAUCAACUUGAUACGGGCGAAUUAUGGGCGGUUCUCGAUCACGAUCUGCAACGACCACGGGAACGUGGACUGGAGCGUGAACUGCAUGUCGCCGAAGAGUUUGCGGGUGCUGCACUCGAAGUGCGCCCAGAAGCAGAACUGCUCGGUGCUGGCGUCGACGAACAUGUUCGGGGAUCCGUGUCCGGGGACGCACAAGUAUCUGGAGGCGCACUAUCAGUGCGUAUCGGCGGCGUCGUCCUCGACGACGACGAACCGGCCGAGUCCGCCGUGGCUGAAGACGUCGCAGCCGAUCGUGUGGAGCACGAGCACGGUGCGGAAUCCGGUGUUGAGCAAGCUGAACUUUUCGGAUCCGUUGGCUGGGUUCGGGGUGUCGUCUGCGACGACGAUGGCUGCUGUGACAGAGGGGACGGCUACGGCGGUGAGGGUUAAACCGACGGCGCCGUACAAGCAGCAAACGUUGACGGCGGAUGGCGCGGGUCAGCAGACGUUUCGGAACAAGGGUUUCGAUAACAAGAGCGUGAACGAUGAUCUGGCGAUCAUCAAAACGAUCAGCGAUGCGGCGAACGGGAAGAAGGUGAGCGGAGUGCACCCGGAGGAUGACGAGGAUUUCGGCGAGGACGAGGACUUUUUCCCAACGCAAACGGCAGUAUUAUCGGGCGUGAACCGCGACGGGGGAAGCAUUAGCAGUAAGAAGAGUGACAAUGACGUCGGUGGGAGUAAUAGUAUUAGUGGUAAUAGUAUCGAUAGUGGUAGCAAUAGUGGUAAUAGCGUAAGCAAUGUGUUGGAUGUGAGUCAUGCGUGCGGUGCGACGACGGCGCGCAACUUGUUUUGGAAUGUGACGCGCGUGGGGGAAGCGAACGUGCAGCCGUGCCCGGGCGGUGCGACGGGGAUCGCCAAGUGGCGGUGCGUAGCGAUAGCUUCGUUGACGGCGGAGCAGCGGGCGCACCUGCUGCACGAGCAGCAGCAACAAUCAUUACUAGAGGAUAGCAACAAAAGUGAUAUUAGUUUUAGUAGUAAUCUUAGCGGUAAGCAGGCUGGUGGAACAUGGUACUCGUACCAGCCCGAUCUGACCCAGUGCAGGAGUCUGUGGCUGAACAAUCUGGAGGUGCGCGUCAACCAGCAGGAGUCGUCGCUGUUGUCGAUCGCGAACGAUUUGUCGCAGGUGACGAGCAGCAAGGCGUUGUACGGCGGAGACAUGCUGGUCGCGACCAAGAUCAUCCAGACGGUGUCGCAGCGGAUGCACUUUGACAUUGAGACGCUGCCCGAUCAGCGCCAGCGGGAAGCGCUCGUGUACGAGCUGUUGAACAGCGUCGUCAAGACGGGCAGCAACCUGCUCGAUCAGUCGCAGCACGCGAGCUGGCUCGAUUUGAGCGUGGAGGACCAGAUGAGGGUGGCGACUUCGCUGCUCACGGGCUUGGAGGACAAUGCAUUUUUGCUCGCGGACACGAUAUUGCGCGAGCGCCACGUUGUCCAGAAGGUGAAGAACAUUCUGCUUUCGAUUCGCGUCCUCGAGACGCGCAACUUUGUCAAGAACGAAGUCUUUCCCGACUCGAGCCAGGAGCGGUGGCAGGUCAGUCAGGACCAGAUCGAGCUUCCGAAAGCCGCGCUGAUUGAGAACAGCGAGGGUGGUUUGGUGAGGAUCGUGUUUGUGGCGUUUGACCGGCUCGAGCAGAUCUUGCGACCUCAGUCGGGGAACAUCCAUCACCCGCGCGAUCUCGCCAACAACAAGCUGGAUGACGAGGGUAAGGUCGACUCGGUGCCGCGCCAGCGACUGCUCAACAGCAAGGUCAUCUCGGCCAGCCUGGGCAAGGGACGCCACAUCCAGCUCUCCCAGCCGAUCCGGAUGAUCUUGCGUCAUCUGCGCACCAAGAACGUCUCCAACCCGACGUGCGUGUUCUGGAACUACAUCGACCACGCGUGGUCCGAGGACGGUUGCCACGUCGAGUACUCGAACGCAACGCACACCGUCUGCACCUGCAACCACCUCACCAACUUUGCCCUGCUUGUGGACUCCAUCGACGAGACGCAGCUCUCGCUGCUCUCCAUCAUCGACGACGACAUCAAAAUCCUGAUUUACAUCAGCAUCGCCAUCUGCAUCGUAAUCGUCGUAAUCGCUCUGUUUGCACUCAAACUCUUCAACGGAGUCUUCUCCAAAGUCCGCGGAGGAGGCGGCGCAGCCGCCCGCAACCACCAAACCGCCAACAACAACGCGGCCGCAGAUCUACACCUGCCGAACCACCUGCAGCAUCACGGGCUCGUGCCCCAGCACCACCCCGAUCUGGACAUUCACGGCCAUCACCACGUGGCCGCCCAGUACAUGCCCGCCGAAGGUGGCCACCUCAUGGGACGCGGUGGCAUCCACAACCACCACAACAACAACAACCUGGUCACGACCACGUUCAACAACCUAGCCGGAGGCGGCGGUGGCAUCCCCGGCGGAGGCCCCCUCGGCGGCUACGAAACCGCCACCCACCACCGGCUGGCCGCCCAGGAGCAGCGCAUCAACAACAAUGUAAAUGUCACCAACGCCCUCACCUCCUACCGUGCUAAUAAUAAUCAAAUCAAUCUAUUACGUGCAGCAAAUCAGCAGCCGCAGCAAGCAACUGUUACUACCUUACAAACCACAUCAUCAACAUCUAUAAUGGGUGCGGUCGCGGCAGGUAGUGCGUCCAACAGCAGCAGCAGCGGUAGCAGCGGUGGCGCCGAAAUGGCCGUCUACAACCUGACCUGUGCCGAGACGGGCACGGGGACGACCACGGCGGCCACGUCCACGUCGUCCGCGAGCAGUAUACCGCUGCUGCACCACCACCAUCACACGCACCUGCACCACCAUCUGCACCAGCAUCAUCACGGCGGAGGAGGAGGUGGAGACGGGCUGGUUGUCGGAUUGGCGGCCGGCGGACGGGGCAGCAUCGGUGGCGGGUCGAUCGGAAGCAGCGGUAAGCGGAAGCUGUAGGGGCAUUUCUCUCCAACUCUUUCGUUUCGUUUUUCGUUCCGUUUCGUUUGUUUCGUUUCGUUUGCCUUUUGUUCGUUACGAAGAGGGCCUUGCGUGUGUACAGAAUAUCCCCUCAGAAGUGGAAGUGUAUGUUUUCAAAAGCUCAAAAAACAGAAUGAGAAAUCGAGAGAGUGAGUGUGAAAAUAGGAUACAAUUUCAAGUGGUGGCGGCGUCCGCAAUUUCCGUCUUGCACGAAGGGCUGCUAAAUCACGCGCGCGCCGCGCUGGUGAAUUGUUGAAAUAUCUUGCAAUUGGGGCUUUUCCCCCCCAUAUCCCUAUUAUGUGUGUGUGGUGUGUGUGUGAGCGCUUGGCGGGAUACGGAUUCUGGCGUGAGUUAUGUGGUCCGGUCCACCCCGGUACGAAGCAUGGUGGCGAAUGCAUUUGUUAGGCGUAAAAAGAGAGUCCGCUAAAAGUGUGAUGGAAGAAAUGUGUUUAGGAGUCGAGAAAUUUUAUAUUUUACCAACUAAACAAAACAACUGUAGCGACGUAAGCUUGUGCAUAGGAAUUUAUUAUUUUAAUUGAAAAAAAUAUGAAAUUUUGUGGUAGACACAGAAACUACUAAUACGAGAUCACAUGUUCUAGGUAGUUGAAAUUGAAGAUCUAGUAACUGCGCGCUAUCCUUACAUCUCCAGAAGAAUGAUAAUUUUAUUUUAUUUUGUGUUUAAGGCUGUAAAAAUUUGAUUUUUGUAUAAUAAAAUUAUUUUAAAAGCUAAAUUUGAAUUGAUGG